AUAAGGGAAUUUGAAAACUGUAUUUUCCAGAUCUGGAAAUGUCAGAAAUUGACAAUUUAAAAAAACCAGGGACAUUUCUAUAGUGAAUAGAAAAGUUAUGCUAGAAAUGGCUCCUUGUGAGUGCAAUUUCUUUUUUUAAAUCUGAUGGCUGAUGCAGCAAUCACAUGACUGGAAUUGUCAUGGAAAUUGGUCCUGUCUAGAAGGGAACCCUCUGGCUGGGAAAAGUCUCAUGAGAUUCGCAUAUGAUAUUCAUACUCUAUGUUUAGUGUCGAUUACUAACCAUAUUUGGAGUCCCACAGAAACCCUACCCCAAAACCUAACUCUAACCUUAGUAACGGCAAAUGGGACUCUCAUGAGAAUGCUCUCUAGAGAUGACAUCAGGGUCAAAAGUAAGGCCUUUUGCAACUGAGGAGGAGUUUCGAGCCACAGAGGCCAUCGUGAAGCGCUUUGAGGAAGACAACUGGCUUGAGGUUUGGUGGCUAAAUUCAGCAUAUCUAGAGUUGCACAUCCCCUCUCUUUUUGGGGGACCUACAGCCUAUCUGGAGCACUGCUGGCCUGCAUGUGAGGGUACCCAGAUGGAGAGGGCCAGCAUGAUUUUGUGGAUCACCCUCCAGUACUGGGAGCUUAUUCGCAUGGAAAGGCUGGUUCAUAAAGCAGGAAAUAUGCCCUUUGACAUGGAUCAGUUCCGCAUGCUCUUCUGCACCUGUAAAGUGACUGGUGUUACUAAAGACACCAUACUCAACUUCUUCAAAACAGAGAUUGAGGGAUCUGUCAUGGGAGAGUAUUCACAUUUGAUGGACUCUGUGAUGGCCGUAUCCUCACUCCUCCAGAACACUUCAACAAAAGCAGAGACAGAGGGGGAUGGAGUGGGUGCUCUGACCACUGAGGAAAGGACCCGUUGGGCCAACGCACGAGAAUAUCUGAUCUCCAUUGAUCCUGUGACCAUAUUGGAGAUGAUUCAGAGUUCUCUAUUUGUACUCUCCCUGGACGAUGACAAAUCCUUUUCCACCCCUGAAAACCACUCAAAGUUAACCCUGUUGGCAUUGACUGGUAACCCCACUAUCCGCUGGGGUGAUAAAUCCUACAAUUUGCUUGCCUUUUCAGAUGGAACCUUUGGUUCAAAUUGUGGUAUAAGUACAGUUAUGAAUUAG